GGGGGCGGGGUUUCCUCGAGCUCCGCGUUCUUGUACCCGGCGGCGCCGACGCUUGACUCUCUGUCGGCUAGAGCGCGUGGCGAAGAGGCAGGCCGGUGCGCGAAGGGAGCCUCGUGCGCUUUCUGCUUCUGAGGCCGCGAGGGAAGAAGAAGCAGCACACGCGGCGCGCGCGCGCGUUAUCUAUCCAUGGCCGAUUACCUGAUCAGCGGCGGCACCGGCUACGUGCCCGACGACGGGCUCACGGCGCAGCAGAUGCUCAACUGCGGAGAUGGGCUCACCUACAAGAGGAACACGAGCGGUCACCUACCCAGUGAAGUAUGCCAUAAAGGAUGAGGGCAUCUGAAGAAGUGUGCAUGCACACGAAAGCUCACACCUAUGACAAACUUAGUUGGUCUCUAAGGUGCUACUGGAAGGAUUUUUUUUAUUUUGUUUUGACUGCGUCAGACCAACACGGCUACCUACCUGUAACUAGAGGCGAUUUUCUUAUACUCCCUGGCUACAUAGACUUUACUGCAGGCCAAGUGGACCUGACUUCUGCUCUGACCAAGAAGAUAACCCUGAAGACUCCCUUGGUAUCCUCCCCUAUGGACACUGUAACAGAGGCCUGCAUGGCCAUUGCAAUGGCGCUCACAGGUGGAAUUGGAUUCAUUCAUCAUAAUUGUACCCCAGAAUUCCAGGCCAACGAAGUACGGAAAGUUAAGAAAUAUGAACAAGGAUUUAUCACGGACCCAGUAGUGCUGAGCCCCAAAGAUCGCGUGCGAGAUGUUUUCGAAGCGAAAGCCCGCCAUGGGUUCUGCGGCAUCCCUAUAACAGAUAAUGGGAAGAUGGGCAGCCAACUGGUGGGGAUUAUCUCAUCCCGAGACAUCGACUUUUUGAAGGAAGAAGAGCAUGACCUGCCUCUCAGCGAGAUCAUGACCAACCGGGAAGACCUUGUUGUAGCACCUGCAGGAGUUACGUUAAAAGAAGCUAAUGAAAUCCUGCAGAGGAGUAAAAAAGGAAAACUGCCCAUUGUUAACGAGAAGGGGGAGUUGGUGGCCAUAAUUGCACGCACGGACCUCAAGAAGAAUCGGGACUACCCGCUUGCGUCAAAAGAUGCCAAGAAGCAGCUGCUCUGUGGGGCUGCCAUAGGGACCCAUGAAGAUGACAAGUACCGUCUCGACUUACUGGUGCAAGCUGGUGUGGAUGUUGUUGUGCUGGAUUCCUCUCAGGGGAAUUCCAUCUUCCAAAUCAACAUGAUCAAAUACAUCAAGGAGAAAUACCCUGAGCUGCAGGUCAUUGGAGGCAACGUGGUGACGGCGGCUCAGGCGAAGAACUUGAUUGACGCCGGGGCCGAUGCCCUGAGGGUUGGCAUGGGAAGCGGCUCGAUCUGCAUCACGCAGGAAGCUGCUCCAAAGAUCCCUCCAGACCUAAAGUCCCACAGCCCCAAAUGCCCUUCCACAAUCACUGGCACCUAUAUCCUGGCAUGUGGAAGGCCUCAGGCCACAGCAGUCUACAAAGUGUCCGAGUACGCCCGGAGGUUUGGCGUGCCGGUGAUUGCGGAUGGCGGCAUCCAGACUGUUGGGCACAUCGCCAAGGCUCUGGCGCUUGGCGCUUCCACAGUGAUGAUGGGCUCCCUUCUGGCCGCCACAACGGAAGCCCCUGGGGAGUAUUUCUUUUCUGAUGGGAUCAGGCUGAAGAAGUACCGGGGCAUGGGGUCACUCGAUGCCAUGGACAAGAACCUGGGCAGCCAGAAUAGAUACUUCAGCGAGACAGAUAAAAUUAAAGUGGCACAGGGGGUCUCCGGCGCUGUGCAAGACAAGGGCUCCAUUCACAAGUUCAUGCCGUACCUGAUUGCUGGCAUCCAGCACUCCUGCCAGGAUAUCGGAGCCAAGAGUCUAACGCAAGUGAGGGCCAUGAUGUAUUCUGGAGAGCUGAAAUUUGAAAAGAGGACGGCAUCUGCCCAAGUAGAAGGAGGGAUUCAUGGCCUCCAUUCGUAUGAAAAACGCCUUUUCUGAUGAAAGUCCCUUGCACUUUUCCCGAGCCUCAUUUUGCCCUGUGGUGCCUGACCUUUGCUGCCAUGGUCACAAACUGCUCCCUUCACAGAAGUGCCAUUUUGCCGGAGGGGUGGAGCUGCCUGCUGCUCCCCCUUUGCUUUAUCAGCCGCUUUGACCAAGGGGCUGAAGGUAAAACACAUCAGCCUAUUCCAGAAGUGUCAGCUGAACGAGGCUCUGGAGAGGGGUCCUGUGUAUGUCUCUGUGUAUUUCUUUUUUACAAUAAAACAAAGAGGCAAGAGGGCCUCUUCCAACUUCUUCCUUGUGCAA